AUGAUGCCUCAGGCCGCUGAGCUGGUAAACAGUGACCCAGCCCUGGUGACCCUGUCUGGUCUGGUGGAGUGGGUUGUGUACUGUGUGAGGGUCCAGACGCGCUACGACUUCUACCGCAAGUACUCCGCCUACACCGCCCCUCGGUGCAUACGCACACAAGGCCAGACUCCGUACUGGCAGGUGGCGCUGUGGUUCCUGCUCUCCCUGGGGGUGGUCUUUGCAGUGGUGCUGCUGUCUGCCUUCAGCUUCCUCCGCUUCUUCGGGGUCUUAAAGUCCACCUACUUUCCCAGCAACCAGCUGCCAAUCCACAUACAAGAGUAUCUUCAGGAUGCAGCCUCUGACAGGCCACGCCUCCUGACCCCAGAGUCAGAUUCGGAGCUUCUGAUUGGCCAACUGGACAUCUGCCCUGAGGUGGCGGUUGCCCCAGCGACGGGUGUCCUGGAGAUGCAGUCAGAGCUGGAGUAUGCGCAUCACGAUCGCCAUGGCAGCGGAGAUUCGGGCAUGUACUCGGCUGAGGAGGCGUCAGGAGGGGGUGUGGCCUUACAGGAGACGGAGAAGCACAAGGGAAGAGGAGAGAGGGAGGGAGAGAGGAAGAAUGAAGAGGAAGAGGAAGAGGAAGAUGAAGGAGUGAGAGACGUUUGCGUUUAAGACACGGGGAUAAACCGG